CGCUCUCGGUGCGAGGUGGGCCAAUCAGCGCGGCCCGGUGUGAGCACACUGCAAGCAGGCAGGAUGAAGGUGGACAGAGCCCCUGUCCUCUGAGCUUUUGCGAUUAUGCGUUGGGACUAUUGCGGUACUACACAGACAAGCUAGUUCAGCCAUCAUGGCGGCGACCUCUCACCUCUGCCGUGUGUGGCGGGGUGGAGAGCUGCGCAAACUGCAAGUGUCAUCGUGCCAACUUCUGCCCUCCUGUGCCAAUCACAGCGCCCACGCGGUGACGAGAUGCCCGCCAUUAUUGUCGAGACGUUUCAGUGCCUCGGCCCAGCACUGCAGCUACAUGCUGACCCCCCCACAGGUGAACAGCAUCCUGAAAGCCAACGAGUUCAGCUUCAAGGUGCCCGAGUUUGACGGCAAGAACCUGAGCUCGGUGCUGGGCUUCGAGAGCAACCAGCUGCCGGCCAACGCGCCCAUCGAGGACCGGCGCAGCGCCGCCUCCCUGCUGCAGACGCGCGGCAUGCUGCUGGGGGUGUUCGACGGCCACGCUGGCUGCGCCUGCGCCCAGGCCCUCAGCGAGAGGCUCUUCUACUACAUCGCAGUCUCCAUGCUGCCCCACGAGACCCUGCAGGAGAUCGAGAACGCUGUGGAGUCUGGGCGAGCGGUCCACCCCUUUCUGCAGUGGCACAAGCACCCGCAUGACUACUUCAGUCGCGAGGCCCAGGCGCUCUACUUCUCCUCACUGCGGACCUACUGGCAGGAGCUGCUGGACCUGGGUUGCCCCGGCGACCAGCCCACCGUCAGCGAAGCACUGGUCAGCGCCUUCAAGCGACUGGACAACGACAUCUCACUGGAGGCACAGGUUGGCGACCCCAAUGCCUUCCUCCACUACUGGGUGCUGCGCGUGGCCUUCUCAGGGGCGACGGCGUGCGUGGCCCACGUGGACGGUAACGACCUUCACAUCGCCAACGCCGGGGACGGGCGCGCCGUGCUGGGCGUCCAGGAGCCCGACGGCUCCUUCACGGCGCACACGCUCUCCAACGACCACAACGCCCAGAACGAGGACGAGCUGACGCGCAUCCGGCGCGAUCACCCGCCCAGCGAGGUCAAGACGGUGGUGCGGCAGGACCGGCUGCUGGGCCUCCUCAUGCCCUUCCGCGCCUUCGGCGACGUCAAGUUCAAGUGGAGCAUCGACCUGCAGAAGCGCGUGCUGGAGUCGGGCCCCGACGCGCUGCACGAGAACGAGCACACCAAGUUCAUCCCGCCCAACUACCACACGCCGCCGUACCUGACGGCCGAGCCCGAGCUCACCUACCACCGCCUGCGGCCCCAGGACCGCUUCCUGGUCAUCGGCUCCGACGGCCUGUGGGAGACGCUGCACCGGCAGGAGGUGGUUCGCGUGGUGGGCCAGUACCUCACCGGCGUGCACCAGCAGCAGCCCAUCACGGUGGGCGGCUACAGGGUCACCCUGGGCCAGAUGCAGGGGCUGCUGCUGGAGCGCAAGGCGCGCGUCUCCUCCACCUUCGAGGACCAGAACGCCGCCACACACCUCAUGCGUCACGCGGUGGGCAACAACGAGUUCGGCACGGUGGACCACGAGAGGCUGUCCAAGAUGCUGAGCCUGCCCGAGGAGCUGGCACGCAUGUACAGGGACGACAUCACUAUCAUCAUCGCCCAGUUCAACCCCCACGUCCUUGGAGCUCAGCAGAGCUGAACACAGAUUGUAUGUAGCUGGGGCGCAUCAUGUACAGGUAACUCCAUCACCAUCAUCAGCUGAAUGCAGAUGGGUCUGCUUAUAGGGGGACAAUGUCACCAUCACCCAGGUCAAACUCCCAUGUCAUAGGAGCAGCUGAAGACAACUAUGGCUGCUGUGUGCCAUAGGGACAUUCAACUGCGCUAAAUAUUCAGACUCACACACUUACUGUAUGACACCCACACACCUAUAAUGCACAGACACAGACUCUAGAUUAACAUUUUUCUUUCGUGUGGGUGGUGUCGCGCAACAGGAAAGAUUGUGCCUCGAGUGAGUGAGUGAGUGAGUGAGUGAAUGAAUGUGUUUGAGUGAGUGAAUGAAUGUGUAUGAGUUGGUGGUUAUUGAAACAGUAAGAGUGCCAAAGUAGUGUAAGCGUACCGCCAUGCGUGUAUGUACAGCAGGAAGGGCACAGUCUGUUUAAAAUGCGUUUGUUCCAUGAGCUGCAGGGGAAUGUAUAUUGUGUGUUGCGUGUGCAUUUGUUUUUCGCACUGGCCUUUUGGAUUGUAAACAAGGGGCACUGCUGUGCUAUUAUGUUAUCUGGAUAAUCUGCUGUUACGUUACUCAAUGCCAACACACUCCAUUUCUUGUGUGAAACUAUUGUAAAUGUGCAUGAGUGGGUAUGCUUCUUUUAUUUUUGCGGUGGUAAUCUUGUUUGCCAAAUUCCGAGGUCAAAAUUCAGGUGACGUUUUACCUGAUAUCUCAACAGGGUGUGGAAAUGAAGUAUGUUGAAGGCUAAUCAGUCACUUACAAGCUUCUGGAGUUACAUUUGUUCGGCAGCCUGUAUUGUACACAGGAUGGUGAUUUCAAAUACCUGGUUUACCGACUACAGUCAUUUGCGAAUCUCCAAAUAGAGGAGCGCCCUACAUGCCUUGCAGAGUAAAGCCAUACCACUCGUCCUCUGUAAGGUCUCUAAAUGAAUCUGCUAACUUUGGCACAGUUGUCAAUCCCGGGUUCAGAAAGGAAAAAACAUGCCACAAAUUUGACCCCAAUCAUGUCUUAAUCAGCUGAUUGUAACAAGAACUUAAGACAGGUAGACCAGGCAAGUUAUGUCUUCUGAACCACGGUUUAGAUGCCUCUGAAGGCAUUAAGCCAUUUACUUUGGAAUUCUCCAAGUUUCUGAAAUGUCCCUCUGGAGAGAGAGAGAGAGAGAGAGGAUGAUCGAGACAGUACUGUAAUAUGAGGUUUCACGUUCUCCUAUGGGAAAUGCUGUAUAUCCUCCCCAUGUAUUUAUGCACAUGUUAACGCACACAGACAGGGGCAGAUGUUUUAAGGUGCUGUUUGUAAUUUUUAGUUGUGGAUUUCCAAAAUGUAUGCUGCCCAUUUACACAUGUGAUCUAUUUUCAUAUUAUUACUGGUUUAACCAGAGUGUCUUGCAGCCAAAGAUGUCUAGGACUUGUCAUUCAAAAUGGCGUAUUGGUUGUAUAUAUUUCUGGAAAAGAUGACAUUUUAAGAAUGGUCAGCAUGCAUUUUGCAAAUGCACAGCUACAAAAAAAUUACACAGUGAUACAUUUAAGUAUCUAAAGGAAAGGCUGCAUGGGUCCUCUCAGUGGCACAGACACUGACGCACAAUAUGUUUGACAAGAUUACCGUACAUAUCUCAUCUAAAACUAUAUUAUAAUCUCUAUUUAAUGAAGUCCACUGAGGAUAUAUCUGUCUUUAGCCCCUCUCAUGAGGUUUUCAUCUGAGUGAGUGGAAGACACUCCUUUUUUGUAACUGUUUUAUUAAAACAUAUAAAAAAAAAAUUGAA